AUGAUACUCUAUCAAAUAUUAUUUCAAUUAGAACCAUUUCAUGAACAUUCUAUUCCUAUUAGAGAAUUAUUGACCAAAUUAGCAGAUAGUAUUGAAGGUGGUUGCAUUCGACCAACAUUUCCAUCAGCUAACAAUGAUUCAUCUUACAGUCUUCAAUUACUAUCUACCAUCGAGGCAUGCUGGCUAGAAAUUCCGGAAAUGCGACCAAAUAUCAAGAAAAUUAAAGAAGUCAUUAAUGCAACGUUAAAAACAACGAAAACUGGAUCACUUUUGGAUCAAAUGAUGGAAAUGAUGAAUGAAUAUACUGCAAAUUUGGAAGUAAUGGUAAAAAAUCGGACAGCAAUGUUAGAAGAAACACAACAACAAGCUGAUCGAUUACUUUACAGUAUACUACCAAAAUCAAUUGCGGAUGAUUUAAAAGUAGGCAAACAUGUACCACCACAAUUGUAUCCAUGUGCUACCGUACUUUUUUCGGAUAUUCGUGGAUUUACACGAUUAUCAUCCAUUUCAACACCAUUUCAAAUUGUUAAAUUUCUCAACGAUCUAUUCAGUGGUUUUGAUGAUAUCAUUUCCAAACAUGAUGCCUAUAAAGUAUGUCAUUCAUUUCAUCAUUCAUUCCAUGGAAAUUAUUGA